UACUCCACUCGAGCAACAGGAAUUAUCGCAAGGAGAGGCGAUAAAAACCUGAAAAUAGCUUAUUUAUUUCUCAAAUUGCUCGUAACUUUUUCGUCCAGUAUUUUUAAAUAUUCAACCGCCUUUAAUAUUCGCGGCUAAACGGUUCAGUUCCUAUUCCUCUUUCUCGCCCUUCUGCGCCUACGCAGUAGACGCGGGAAAUUUGAUUAGGAAGUCCGCGUCUUGAAAACUGAUCUCCGACAAAAACAUUAAUUCCAUUCGCAAUGCGCAAAUUAUUGCGAUGUGGAGCUAUGACCAGUUGACCGCGGGUUAUUUAUACUUCGGAUUUCCCUGAUACUACGCGUCAGAGUUUAAAGAGGUACAGGAUAAAAAAUGAAAAAGAGAGGCGGCGUCGUUGAUGGAGUGUGGAAGGGAGGCCGGAACUACGGGACGCAAACCAAUAUGGCCGCUGCGUCCCAGCUGUUUUCCUGGUCACCCCGUCUAUCUGAGGGCGUCUCAAGGAUUGCGUAAGGACUGAAGACCUCGGAGGAACCCCAAGAUGUCGUCGGUGAAGGUGGCCGUGCGGGUGCGUCCCUUCAACAACCGCGAAAUCUCCCGCGAGGCACAAUGCAUCAUCGAGAUGACCGGCAAUACAACAUCGAUAAUCAACCCGAAAGCACCGCCCGGCAGUAAAGAUGCGGCCAAAAGCUUUAAUUACGAUUACUCCUACUUCUCCAUGGACCCCUGCGAUACGAAUUAUUCCUCGCAGAUUAUGGUGUAUAAGGACAUCGGCGAAGAGAUGCUCGAGCAUGCGUUCGAAGGAUACAAUGUAUGCAUAUUCGCAUACGGCCAGACCGGGGCAGGGAAAUCGUACACCAUGAUGGGUAAACAAGAAGACGGCCAGGAGGGCAUAAUACCACAGAUCUGCAAGGAUCUCUUCAGGAAAAUCAGCAUUAACACCAAUGAACAACUGAAAUACUCGGUAGAAGUUAGCUACAUGGAAAUCUACUGCGAGCGGGUUCGCGACUUGCUGAAUCCUAAAAAUAAAGGGAACCUUCGAGUCAGGGAACAUCCUUUAUUGGGGCCCUACGUCGAGGACCUCUCCAAAUUGGCGGUGAUGUCUUACGAGGACAUCCACGACCUCAUCGACGAGGGCAAUAAAGCCAGGACUGUCGCGGCGACAAACAUGAACGAGACUUCCAGCAGGUCGCACGCCGUUUUCACGAUCUUCUUUACUCAGCAGAAGCACGAUAAAACGACAAGUCUGGUUACCGAGAAAGUCAGCAAGAUUUCUCUGGUGGAUCUUGCAGGAUCAGAAAGGGCUGAUUCAACCGGAGCUAAAGGAACCAGACUGAAAGAGGGGGCCAACAUUAACAAGAGUUUGACCACUCUUGGCAAAGUUAUUAGCGCCCUUGCAGAAAUCUCGGCUACGAAAAAGAAGAAGAAGGCAGAUUUCAUCCCUUACAGAGAUUCGGUCCUGACUUGGCUUCUUCGAGAAAAUCUCGGGGGAAAUUCGAAAACAGCCAUGAUCGCCGCAGUCAGCCCUGCCGAUAUUAACUACGACGAGACCCUCUCUACCCUCAGGUAUGCCGAUCGAGCUAAGCAGAUCGUUUGCAAAGCCGUCGUCAACGAGGACGCGAAUGCGAAACUCAUCAGGGAGCUCAAAGAAGAGAUCCAAAAGCUGCGCGAGUUGCUCAAGCAAGAAGGCAUCGAUUUCCAAGAAGGGCCAGAUGGCAAAGUCACUUAUGAAAAGAAAGAAUCUAGGGACGAGUCGAUCAUCAAGUCCACGAAACGCGAAGAUGACUUCAAAGAGCCUCACCAAAGGAUUCCGUCUCAUCCUGGCUCGACCAUUGCUGAAGAAGCUGUGGACCAACUUCAGGCUUCGGAAAAACUGAUAGCAGAACUGAACGAGACAUGGGAGCAGAAAUUGAAGCGAACAGAAGCCAUUCGUCUUCAACGCGAGGCGGUUUUCGCGGAGAUGGGAGUCGCCGUGAAAGAAGAUGGCGUCACCGUUGGCGUCUUCUCGCCGAAGAAGACGCCUCAUCUCGUGAACCUUAACGAAGAUCCGUUGAUGUCGGAGUGUCUGAUCUACUAUAUAAAGGAUGGUUUCACAAGGAUUGGCUCGGCCGAAGCCAACAUUCCUCAGGAUAUUCAGCUCUGCGGUCCUCAUAUCCUGAGCGAGCACUGCGUCUUCGAGAACCACGAAGGCGUGAUUACUCUAAUGCCGAAAAAGGGGGCUUUGAUUUAUGUUAAUGGCCGGGAGGUGACGGAACCCGUCAUCCUGAGGACAGGCUCUAGGGUCAUUCUCGGGAAGAACCAUGUCUUCAGGUUCAACCAUCCCGAUCAAGUUCGGGAGAGACGAGAGAAGAAUUCCCCGGCAGAGACUCCCGCAAAUGGAGAGACAGUAGAUUGGAACUUCGCCCAGAUUGAACUCCUAGAAAAGCAGGGCAUCGAUCUGAAGGCAGAAAUGGAGAAGAGAUUGCUCGUCCUGGAAGAGCAAUUCCGCAAGGAGAAGGAGGAGGCUGAUCAGUUCUUCGAGGAACAAAGAAAGAAUUACGAGGCUCGGAUAGACGCCUUGCAGAAACAGGUGGAGGAGCAGAGCAUGACGAUGUCGAUGUACAGCAGCUACACCCCGGAAGACUUCAACAACAUCGAAGAAGAUAUCUUCGUCAACCCAUUGUUUGACGCAGAGAGCAACUGGACCGAACGCGAGUUCCAACUGGCUGCGUGGGCCUUCCGCAAGUGGAAGUACCAUCAGUUCACCAGUCUUCGAGAUGAUCUCUGGGGCAACGCUAUCUUCCUGAAGGAAGCCAACGCCAUAUCCGUCGAGCUCAAGAAGAAGGUUCAAUUCCAGUUUACCCUGUUGACGGAUACCCUCUAUUCCCCGCUGCCGCCGGAUCUUCUACCCGCAGUAGAUGAAGACGAGGAAGAAGAGAGACCCUUCCCACGAACCAUCGUGGCCGUCGAGGUGCAAGACACGAAGAACGGAGCCACGCAUUACUGGACCCUUGAUAAACUGAGACAGCGCUUGGAGCUGAUGCGACACAUAUACAAUGAAGACUUGAGUCCCAGCACUCCGGAGGCCAAAGAGGAUAUUUUCCAAUGCCUUACGGUCUACUCUAAUCAGAAGUUCUCGCUCGCAAAUCUUUUGCCUUCGAGGCAAAGAUUGGAGCUGAUGAGGGAGAUGUACCACAACGAGGCCGAACUCUCGCCUACGUCUCCGGAUUACAAUAUUGAAACCAUCACCGGUGGUGAUCCCUUCUACGACAGGUUCCCCUGGUUCCGGAUGGUCGGCAGGUCUUUCGUCUACCUGAGUAAUCUGAUGUAUCCAGUGCCGUUGAUCCACAAAGUAGCAAUAGUCAACGAAAAGGGAGACGUGAAGGGAUAUCUCAGAGUGGCAGUUCAGGCAGUCGUCGAAGAGGAAAACAGUGAAUACUCGAGUGGAGUCAGACAGUCGGCUCGAAUCUCCUUCGAAGACGACCUCUUUGGCGGCCAGAGGCAGAGCAAGUGGAACACCCUGCUCACCCAGAAUUUAGAGAAGAGUCAGCAGAUCCUUCAGGAAGAGCGGGUCGUGGAGGGCCAGACAGAGGGCAAGGAUCUAAAGGACGACGAGGAAGUUGGCGAUGCAGAUAGCGGAAGAGGAGACAGCUCCGUUGCCAGUGACAUGAAAGAAGAAGAACUACCGGAUCAUCUCCAACCUGGACACGAGUUCACCUUCAGAGUCACCGUUCUUCAGGCAAUGGGCAUUGCGACGGAAUACGCAGACAUCUUCUGCCAAUUCAACUUCUUGCACCGCCACGACGAGGCCUUCUCCACGGAGCCGGUGAAGAACACCGGGAAAGGGAACUCGCCAGGGUUCUAUCACGUACAAAACAUCACCGUUACGGUUACGAAGUCAUUCUUGGAGUACCUGAAGACUCAGCCGAUCGUCUUUGAGGUCUUCGGCCAUUACCAGCAACACCCUCUGCACAAAGAUGCAAAGCUAGACUACAGCGUAAGACAACCACCAAAGAGGAUGCUUCCGCCAUCGAUUCCCAUCAGCCAGCCAGUUAGGUCACCGAAGUUUGGCAGUGUUUUACCAUCUCCCAGCACAUCGCACGUACAUGCCAAGUACGACGUCCUGGUGUGGUUCGAAAUCUGCGAGUUGGCUCCCAAUGGAGAAUACGUGCCAUCGGUGGUGGACCACAGCGACGACCUUCCAUGUCGGGGAUUGUUCCUCCUUCAUCAGGGAAUCCAAAGAAGGAUCCGCAUCACCAUUGUCCACGAACAUGCCCCCGAAUUACGGUGGAAGGAUGUGAGGGAGCUCGUAGUCGGGCGCAUCAGGAACACCCCAGAACCAGAGGAGGAAGACAACGACUCGUCGGUUCUCUCGCUCGGUCUCUUCCCAGGGGAAUACCUGGAAGUCCCUGGGGAUGAUCGCUGCAUGUUCAGAUUCGAAGCUGCCUGGGACAGUUCGCUGCAUAAUUCUGCCUUGCUCAACCGGGUCACCGCCUAUGGCGAACAGAUAUUCAUGACCAUCUCUGCGUACCUUGAACUUGAGAACUGUGGACGACCGGCUAUUAUCACGAAAGAUCUCAGCAUGAUCAUCUACGGAAGGGACGCUAGGGUUGGCCCCAGGUCCCUGAAGCAUCUUUUCAGUGGCACCUAUCGCAACCAAGAGGCCAACAGAUUCAGUGGAGUCUACGAAUUAGUCCUUCGUCGCUCAUCCGAAGCAGGUGUGCAACGGCGACAACGACGUGUCCUUGACACCAGUUCCACCUACGUGAGAGGCGAAGAGAACCUCCACGGAUGGAGACCUCGAGGAGACAGCCUCAUCUUCGACCACCAGUGGGAAUUGGAGAAGCUGACCAGGCUCGAAGAAGUCGAGAGGGUCAGACACACUCUUCUGCUGCGAGAGAAACUCGGCAUCGACAAAAUCCCUCUCUGCAACAAGACGUCGCACGACUUCACAAAGAGCGAAAAAGAAGUCUGUAAUAUGGUGGCGAAGGCAACAAACGAGCCUCAUGCCAGCCCGGUGAAGCUGAAGAGGUCGACGAGCAAAGACGUUUACGAGCCCUGGGAGAUGACGGAAAGAGAACGCGAAUUGGCCACGAAGUACAUCAAGCUGAUCCAAGGAAGAAUCCCCAGCAAGGAGCCCAUUGUAUUGUCCGACGUCUCCCCUGGGGAGGACACCAUCGCGGACAUGUCGGCCUCGAUGAUGUCGUCCGUAGUUUCCUCCUCUUCCCAAGAGUCAGUAUACUCCCGCCUUCUAAAUCUUCAGUCCACAGGAAUUGUUCUGGGCGCCACCUCUAAGUCGUGCAUCUUUAGGUUGAGCUCUCCGGAGCGCGCGAGACUUCAGGAGCUCCAGGACAGCAUCAUGGCGGGAGAAUCUGCAAGCCAGACCAACACCAUGGCCCCGGCUCCCUUGGGCUCUUCCUCUCCUUUGAAAGAAAGCCUCGUCCUCUAUGUCCCAGAAGUUGAAGAGAUCCGAAUCAGCCCGGUGAUCGCCAGGAAAGGGUACCUCAACGUCCUCGAGCAUAAGACCAAUGGUUGGAAAAAGCGAUGGGUGGCCGUUCGCAGACCGUACGUCUUCAUCUUCAGGGAGGAGAAGGACCCUGUUGAGCGGGCACUCAUCAACCUUGCCACAGCUCAAGUCGAGUACUCGGAAGACCAGCUGGCUAUGGUCAAAGUACCCAACACCUUCAGCGUCGUCACCAAACACCGAGGGUACCUUCUGCAGACUCUCGGAGACAAGGAAGUUUACGACUGGCUCUAUGCCAUCAAUCCUCUUCUGGCUGGUCAGAUCAGGUCAAAAUUGGCUCGCAAAGGGCCUGGACCAUUAUUGACGCCGAUUACGCUAGCGCCACCCCCGGAAACGCAAACUCCGGCCAAGUGAGUGAUCGACUCGUUGGCCGAGGUGACGAGCGUCGUUUCGCGAGCCUCGAAGAAGAUUCUUCGUCGCUCGUACACAGCCCUUGAGUCCCAAGACAUCUGUAGUCUCCAAUUUUGAGUAGUCUUCGAGUAAAAGAACCAAUGAACCGCGGAAUCCUUCGGGAACGACGGAGGUGCCAGCGCCCCCUGGGACCGCUCGUCGUUUCCAUGGACGAUUCCCAAGAGGCGAUCCCGUUUUUAACUAUUAAGACGUCGGAAUAAGGUGCGAAGAUUCGUUAGUUCCUCGACUAGCUUUCACAGGCCUGCUAGGAGACUGCGAUAUCUCCGGUUACCUCGUACGCACGAAACCGGAGAGGAGUCUCUCCGGUCGUUUCUGGAGAAACGCUUCCCGAGAAGAGACGCUCCCAGGUCCUAUGAAUCGGUAUUGGGAGUUCUCCAUAUUUUGGAGAACUCCUAACAUCGCGGAAUGACUCGAGUACUUGCUGGAUGUGUCACACGAAUCCUUUCUCGGAAUUGACUGUAUUUUCUACGUGCAGAAGCGCGCAGUCGCGUCUCUUCGGACGUUUCUGCAGAAACGCUCCUCGAAAUGAGUCGCUUGCGGAAUGCACACACCGAGAGAAACGUCACCUCCAACCGAACGUUUCCGUGGAAUUAAGAUUUUCAUUAGAAUCACCGGGAUUUUAGGGACAACUAAGGUUUCAGGUUCAUUCCUGAAGGGAUUAGGAUGGGGCGGCGUUCGAGAUUGUACAUUCGGGCAGCUAUAUUUCCUUUUUCCGAGUACGCUGAUUACUGAGGGGUGGCCGCCAUCUUGGAGAACGCUCCGCUUGGCGGAUAAUCGGGAGGUAUCGCUCGAGGGAAUUGAUACUUGCAGAUGACAAUAUUCGUUAAUACUUUGCGGUUAUUAUACUUAGGUUUUUGGUACAAAAUGGAGCCGCGUGCUCACAGUAUUUUCGCUAGCGUUGGCAAUACCGCGAGAGGUAAAAAUGCAAUAGUAGACAGCAGCACGUGUCCGAGCUCGCCAUCUUACCUAGGGAUUAGUUCUUUUUGUCGACGUGGUGUAUAAAGUUUGUAAAUAAUCGAUAUUCGAAGGGGAAUAUAGCCGAAAAUAAUGGACGGAACUCGAACAAUCAUGAUCUGGCGUUCUCGAAGCCGUUCGCUACAUCUUUAUGUAAGUUUACAUAGAGGAAAGGAGAACGCAAAGAACUCGAAGCUUCCGUAAAGAUGGAAUUGGAUAGACAUUUUCAUCGCUAUUGUCGCCCUUUGUUUUUCGUUAAAAAAAUUCGUAGUUUCUGGUACCAGACGAGUACCAGGGAAUUGACCUCCUAGACAUGCUUGUACGUCAACGAAUGGACUGAAAAUUCGUUAGAACGGAACGGAACUCUCGGAAUUCAGUAACGUCUGCUCAAUGCCAGCUCGGCUGUAAUCUACUUUACAAUAAUUCCUAUUACCGCAAAGUGUUGACUAAUAUUGAGGGGUGUCAAUCGAAAGCUCUCGCUUCCUCGGGGAAGGAGGAUUUAGAAAAUGCGGCUGGGAACGCUGAUGAAAAGUGCAAUAAGAAAUCAGAGCGACCGACGGUCGCCCCGAAAUACUCAAUGGUCUUCGACCUGACUUAGGCGCAGGUUGAAAGGUCGACCGAUUUCUCGAGAUCGACCUAUCCAAACACUCCAAGCACACGACUCGGGGAGUAACUAAGCUUUAUUCGACAUUUAAAUGUUACACGGAAGCUAUAUAAUAAUCCUCGCUUCGCCAGACUCGACGACGAACGCCCAAAAAGCUAAACCGUAAGAGGUGCUUAAGGUGAUGUGAAAGUGGCCUCGAAGAGGUUUUCUUUAUAAAACUUUUCUCCCUACUCGGUUUACCGAAUGA